GGCGGCCCAGCACCAGGACCAGGCACGCGGGGGCUGCCUCUGCACCCCUCUCCGAGGGCCGCGGGGCCUGGCCUCGCGGCGGGGUGGAGGAGCCUCCUCACCCCCGACCGCGGGUGUCCUGAGCCUUCCUGAUCCCGCAGGGGGGCUCACCCGCGGCCCCCCAUGAGUGCACCCGGUUGAUCGGCGGGGCGGCCGCGGUGGAGCCCGGAGGCCGCGGGGGCGGCGGGGCCAUGGCCUCGCUGGACCUGCCGUACCGCUGCCCCCGCUGCGGGGAGCACAAGCGCUUCCGGAGCCUGUCGUCUCUGCGAGCGCACCUGGAGUACAGCCACACGUACGAGACCCUCUACAUCCUCUCCAAGACCAACAGUAUCUGCGAAGGUGCCGCAGCCGCUGCAGCGGCAGCCGCGGCGUCUGGCUUCCCGCUAGUGCCCGAGCCCGCCGCCCUGCUGGCGGUGCCCGGCGCCCGGCGCGAGGUCUUCGAGAGCACGUCCUUCCAGGGCAAGGAGCAGGCGGCCGGGCCGGCGCCCGCCACGCCCCACCUGCUGCACCACCACCACCACCACGCGCCCCUCGCCCACUUCCCCGGCGACCUGGUGCCCGCCAGCCUGCCCUGCGAGGAGCUGGCGGAGCCUGGCCUCGUGCCCGCCGCCGCCGCCCGCUACGCGCUGCGCGAGAUUGAGAUCCCGCUGGGGGAGCUGUUCGCCCGUAAGUCCGUGGCCUCCUCCGCGUGCUCCACGCCGCCGCCCGGCCCCAGCCCGUGCCCCGGGCCCACCACCGCCUCGCCCGCUUCCCCCUCGCCCGCCGAUGUGGCUUACGAGGAGGGCCUGGCGCGCCUCAAGAUCCGCGCGCUGGAGAAGCUGGAGGUGGACCGGCGGCUGGAGCGGCUGAGCGAGGAGGUGGAGCAGAAGAUCGCCGGCCAGGUGGGCCGGCUGCAAGCCGAACUGGAGCGCAAGGCCGCGGAGCUGGAGACGGCGCGGCAGGAGAGCGCGCGGCUGGGGCGCGAGAAGGAGGAGCUGGAGGAGCGUGCGUCUGAGCUCUCGCGCCAGGUGGACGUGAGCGUGGAGCUGCUGGCCUCACUCAAGCAGGACCUAGUGCACAAGGAACAGGAGCUGAGCCGCAAGCAGCAGGAGGUGGUGCAGAUCGACCAGUUCCUGAAGGAGACUGCGGCACGGGAGGCCAGCGCCAAGCUGCGGCUGCAGCAGUUCAUCGAGGAGCUCCUGGAGCGGGCUGACCGUGCCGAACGGCAGCUGCAGGUCAUCAGCAGCAGCUGCGGCAGCACACCGAGUGCCAGCCUGGGCCGUGGAGCUGGGCCCGGGCCCCGGGGCCCAGGCAGAGUGCGAGAACACCACGUGGGGAUGGCCAUGCCUAGCACAUAUGCGGUGUCACGGCAUGGCUCCUCUCCCAGCACAGGGGCCUCCAGCCGCGUCCCAGCUGCAUCCCAGAGCUCAGGCUGCUAUGACAGUGACAGUCUGGAGUUGCCCCGGCCAGAAGAAGGGGCCCCGGAGGACAGUAACCCUGGGGGCGUGGGCACACGGGCCCCGGCUACCAACGGUGGCUCAGAGCGGGCUCAGGCCCCUCGAAGCUCAGGCCUACGGCGCCAGGCCAUUCAGAACUGGCAGCGCAGACCCCGCCGGCACAGCACGGAGGGCGAGGAGGGUGACAUUUCGGACGUGGGCUCCCGAACCACCGAGUCAGAGGCUGAGGGCCCCUCGGACGUCCCCCGCCCUGGGCCUGCUGUGGCUGGGCCAUUAAGCAGCUGCCGGCUCUCAGCCCGCUCUGAGGGAGGCAGUGGGCGGGGUCGGCGAGCAGAGAGGGGCAGCCCCUCACGUUCCAAUGAGGUCAUCAGCCCAGAGAUCCUCAAGAUGCGAGCCGCCCUGUUCUGCAUCUUCACCUACUUGGACACCCGCACCCUCCUGCAUGCCGCCGAGGUCUGCCGCGACUGGCGCUUUGUGGCCCGCCACCCUGCUGUCUGGACGCGAGUGCUGCUCGAGAAUGCCCGAGUCUGUUCCAAGUUCUUGGCAAUGCUGGCUCAGUGGUGCACCCAGGCCCACUCGCUGACACUGCAGAACCUGAAGCCUCGGCAGCGGGGCAAGAAGGAAAGCAAGGAGGAGUAUGCCCGGAGCACCCGGGGCUGCCUGGAAGCGGGGCUGGAGUCCCUGCUGAAGGCGGCGGGGGGCAACCUGCUGAUCCUGCGCAUCUCCCACUGCCCCAACAUCCUCACCGACCGCUCGCUCUGGCUGGCCAGCUGCUACUGCCGCGCUCUGCAGGCCGUCACCUACAGGAGCGCCACAGAUCCCGUUGGCCAUGAGGUCAUUUGGGCCCUGGGCGCAGGCUGCAGAGAGAUAGUCUCCCUCCAGGUGGCGCCACUUCACCCCUGCCAGCAGCCCUUGCGCUUCAGUAAUCGUUGCCUGCAGAUGAUCGGUCGCUGUUGGCCCCACCUCAGGGCCCUGGGGGUUGGGGGUGCCGGCUGUGGGGUGCAGGGCCUGGCAUCACUCGCAAGAAACUGCAUGAGGCUGCAGGUCCUGGAGCUGGACCACGUGUCGGAGAUCACCCAGGAGGUGGCGGCUGAGGUCUGCCGGGAAGGCCUGAAAGGGCUGGAGAUGCUGGUGCUCACGGCCACCCCCGUCACCCCCAAAGCCCUGCUGCAUUUCAACAGCAUUUGCCGGAACCUCAAGUCCAUUGUGGUCCAGAUUGGGAUUGCUGAUUAUUUCAAAGAGCCCAGCAGUCCCGAGGCCCAGAAGCUGUUUGAAGACAUGGUGACAAAACUCCAGGCCCUGCGACGGAGGCCCGGCUUCUCUAAGAUCCUGCACAUCAAGGUGGAAGGCGGCUGCUAACCCGGGUGAGGGGCGGCAGGGCCCCUGCCAGCCCCACCCAGGGCACUCUCUUUGGACUUCCAGAGGGACCCUGAUUUGGACUAGACCUUCAGAGGCCUGGUGUCAUCUCUGGCUUCCAGGAAGGGGUUGACGGUUUCCUGUCCUCUCCUGGGAUAGCAGAACAACAGGCCUGACCCUGGGAACUGUCUCUUCAGGGCAGGGGCUCGGACAGAAGCUGCCCCCUGCCCCUACCCAAUCCCCAGCUGGAGCAGCCUUCUGGGCACAGCCAGCGAGGAGCUGUCACCACCAGCACCUGGUGUCUUCCCCCUGAGGGUCUGCAAUAGCCACCCAGUGGCCCUUGGCUGCUCUGGCAGGCCUUCAUUCGUGAGGCCCAGCCUGCCGUCAGGUCCUCUGCUAGGCCCCAGGCAGGUCAGACUUGGUAAGGAGGGCUCUUCUCCUCGCCCUGCUCCGUCCCCGCCCUCUGUGGGGCACCCUUCAGACAGCCCACCGGGGACUGGGUCCACAUUCUCUGAGGAUAACACACGGGCCGAGGAGCCUGGGCAAGUGUCAGCCAAAGGUGAGGUAGCGGGAGUGGGCUUGGAAGGGCAAAACAUUCACUCAGAUUUUAUCCCCGGGACAUUGAAACCAUCUCUCCCAAAGGAGGAAAUUGCCAGGAAGAGAAAAAAGUUUCUAUUGAUAUAGGCAAGACCUCCCUCCCCCAAUAACCGCAUUUCCCAUACACACAAGAGCUCAAUUCUGAGCUAAAAGGUGCAUGUUUCCAUACCUGUCAGCAAUCCUAACCCAGUCACCUGUGAGAAGCAGUUCCCGUCCUCAAGGAAUGGCCUCCUUUUUUUUUUUUUUUUUAAAAAAAAUAUAUAUUUUAUUGAUUUCAGAUAGGGAGGAGAGAGAGAAACAGCAAUGAUGAAAGAGAAUCAUUGAAUGGCUGCCUCCUGCACGCCCCCUACUGGGAGGUUGAGACUGCAACCCAGGCAUGUGCCCUUCACCGGAAUCCAACCCUGAACCCUUCAGUCUGCAGUCCGAUGCUCUAUCCAUGGCAUCAAACCGGCUAGAGCAGGAAUGGCCUUCUAAUCCAGGUGCUUGGGCAGGACUCUGAUGGCCUUUGGAUCCCCAAGGCUGUGUGGGAGGAAGUCAGUCACUGGCUGACCUCUGUAUGGGGGCCUGGGCGAGGCUGGGAGGAGGCUGGUUUGGUUUGCUUCCUUGUCUGGCUUGCUUAAAGAUGUAGCCCUUUAAGGAAGCUAGGCCCAUCGAGCUAAGAAUGAACUGGUCCCAUGGGCUAAGGGCUCGGUUGGGAGUUUUCUGCCUGGGGGUAGUUCUGAGGCCCAAGCCAGAGCCACUUGGCUUAGAAGCCACAGAAUGGAUGCAAGUGGGGUUUUCACUCACCCUCCCACGGUCCCCACAGGACCAGGUCCCAGCACUGAGACUCAGGUCUCCCAGUUCCUCCUCAGAGCUCCCACAGUGGCUGAGGUGGGUCCUGCCAACCUUCAUUUGGAAAGUUCUUUCAUUCUUCAUCUUAGGGUUUCCUUCUCUCCUGCACAGGACUGGCUUUCAGCCCUCAUCACUAGGCAGCUGGUGGCUGAGGCAGGGUUCCUCCAAUUUCUCAGUUCUUUCCCGGGACCCAACUUUCUGCUACAACCUAGCUUGAACAUCAAGGAUCAGCCCUGGGUUACCCUGCAGUGAGGCCCCCAGAGCUGGGCCCCACAGACUCAGCGGUGCACCCCGCUUCCCUGGCUCCACACCCAGUUCUCCUGGCUCUUCCCAUUGUUGAUGACUUCCUCCCAUGGCUUAUUCUGGCCCUGCCCUUUGAAGAUCCCCAAAUACCAAGGGUGUCAUGUGGGCAACUCCCUGUCCUGUCCUGUCCCGCACGAAGCCCUGGCGGUGUGGUAGCUCCACUCCAGAGCAGCUGGCUUUAUUGACUCCUCCUCAGCCCUGCCCCCAGGAAUCGUGGGAAGAAGCACAACUCUGCUGGCCUAGAGGGAGGCGGAGGUCUACUUAGACCUGGCUGCUCUGGGUGCAUCAGUCCUGCCUUCCAACUGCACCCUCCAAAGCCCUGCUCCACAUGACCCCAGGAUCAGAGGUGCUGCCCUCCCUGUCUCCUGGACAAAGCACAAAGGGGUGCCCUGCUUGGCCAGAGCCUGCCCUACCGGGACCUUUUCUGCCCCAGGAAGCCUCUGUCUCUGAACACAGGCUCUGGGCAGUUUCUCCCUGGGUGGGUGCCCACCGGGAUGCCCGGCAUCAGCCCUGGGAAAGGAAGUCAGUGCCCGGGCAGUGAGCUCAAGUGGGAGAAAGGACGGAUGUCAGUAGCAGGUUUAUUCACUCAUUUGUUCAUUUGUGUGACAGCCCUGCACACCACCAGCACUGCAGGCCGCGGAGUGAACAAGACUCCCUCUCCUGCGGGGGGGAAGUUUGCCUCUCACAGGUUUGGCUGUUUCCAGAAAACCCCCCAAGUCCAGCCAAGCGAAGGAUGUAUGGGAGUAUAUAUUGUACAUGCCCAGACCCCUGUCAACAGGAACAUGGGUUAUAGUAUGUCCCAUUGCACACCUGCCCCUCGGGCCAAUAGGCUUGCGUGGCUGAGAACUGGCAAGUUUGCAGGCCUCCACCCACACCAGCUCGAUGCUAUUUUUUGCUUCUCUUCAGGGGGGUGAGCCCUGCUGCUAAGCGGGGAGCUUUUGUUGGUGGGAAUGCUCCAUUUGUUCUUUGGCAACCCUAUAGCUAGGGCUGAUGACGGGGAACGGAUGGAGGGUCCAGCCAUCCUUCACUCGCCCCUAUCUCACACCUGACAAGAUGCAAAGAGGAGGUUCAAAGAGCAAACCAAGGCAGGUCCUGCUCCAGGGGCCCAGGCCUGUAUAGGGGGCCCAUGGGUGGGGGCCACUUGGUAUCCCAACCACCGUCCUGUCAUACAGCCUGAACCCAGCCUGGGAAUCUGAGUACUUGGAUCGAGCGUUUGGCCAUGCUUUAUUUGGGCUGCCGCCUCUGCACUGGCAGGGAACAAAGGAGAUGCUGUAGAUGUCUGCAUCCCAGAGGGGGAGGAGCAGGCUGCCCAGAACCAUGGCUUUCACUGCCAGGAGAGACCAUUGAAGGACCAAGGCAGCUCAGGUAUUCCUAGUCCAGUGAAUGGAGUUUGAGCCAGCCCCUCAGGAAUUGCCUAAAAAAAAGAAAAGCCGCCUCCUUCUUAAGGUCUGUGGCUCCAAGGUUUGGCUCCGUCCUUUGUCUUUGGGUCCUGCCUCUAGUCCUUUGGGCCCUAAGUGGGAGCUGCCCAAAUCCUAGUCCUAAGGCGCUAAAUGGAAGACCUUAACAGAGUGACUAUCGGUGCCAAAGACCCAGUUCCUGCUGGACUUGGGGUGGUAACAGGAGAUAUGGUGAGUGGGUGCAGGGCCCUUGUGCUCAGAGGGCUCAAACUGAUGGGAUCUGUCCCAGCACGUCACCCCUGGUGAGUGUUACUUCUCUCCCCAAGGGGCCUGGCACAUCUCUCUAGCCCUGCUGGCCAUGCUUGCUCACCCAGCCUUGUCCCAGGCCUGCAUUUCUGUAUAUAUUGCUGUGUAUCGUGUAUAUGUAUUUAUUCCUGGACAAGUGUGGUGUUCUGCAGCCCUUGCCUGAGAAUAAGGUGCAGGGUUAGGUGGAGAUCAGAAAUCAGAAUACCAGGGCCAACUAAGGCAGCCAGGUCCUAUUCCCUCCCCAACCCCUGGGAACCGGGCCAGUCCCAAGACCGCCCUGACAAUCAGGCAGGCUUCCCCACCUGAGGCCGAGCCUCACCUGCCACCACUGGCAUGGCCCAGGGAGGCUUGGCCUUGGCCUUCCAGCCUCAGUUCUGCCCUGGCAGGGGUCGUGCACUCAACUCAGAGGCCUGAGGUGACCCAGGCUUGCCUCCUGGCUGGCAUGAGUAGGCUUGGCUCUAGUGGGCACUGCUGGUGGAGACUUCCACAACUGACCCCAGGCCCUGCCUUCCCUGCACAGCCAGGCUGCAAUGGGCCUGAGCCGUGAAAGGGUGGCUUCCCCCACCCCAAGCACAUCAGGCAGAGGAGUGGAAAGCAUUUUUCGAUUUUGUUUAAGUGGUGCCUGUACCUCCAGUCCCCAGGGGCCUUCAGUGGCCCCACUUCUCUGCCACACCAGGCAUCACCAUCCCAGCACUUUGCUCCAUGUCACCCAUAGAUGCCCUUUGCUGAAUGUACCUGAGUGUAUGUAUUUAAGAGGACUCACACAGGCAUCAGAAAAUUUAUGGCUUUGUAUCCAAUAAAAGAUGGUGAAACUCGAA